AUGACUGACGCGGCUGAAGAUUGUGAGGAAAAGCUGAGCAAUGUUGAAGAAACCGACGAAUUAAAUAAUCCUUACGCUUAUCUUGAAAGAGAAGAUUUUACAUCGGAGAAAUUUAAAAUACUUGUUUCUGGACUGCCAAAGUAUUUUGGAAUAAAGCAAGUUAAAAAAUUAUUCAAUGAAAAACUGGGAUUGCAAACUUGUAAGAUAAAACCCUUGAAUAAUAAGCUCAAUUGGAUCUUUGUUAAUUUUCGCAAUGAAGAGGCACGGGAGCAUGGGCUGAAAACUAUCGAUGGGAUGGUUUGGAAAAAUUGCCAGCUUACUGCCAAAAAAGCAAAAGCCGCUCCAGAUCCUUUUAUCAAGCGGAAGUUGGAAGCUGACGAAAAAAAUUGUAAAAAAUUAAAAACCAAUGAUGAGGAUAAUGAUCAAGAACAAAAGGAAGAAAUUAUUUCGGUGCUUGAUCAAAUAAAAUCUACUACAAUUCCUCUUUGGGAUGUUCCCUAUGAAAAACAGUUGAGUAUGAAGCACAGUGAGAUGAGAUCGAUUAUUGCCAAACUUGGGCAAUUAAUUGCCAGGAAUAAUAGCGGAUUAACUGGAUGGAUUGAAAAACAACGAGCUGUUAAUGAUGGAUUAAUUUGCGAGUUGAAACCAAUUUUAAGUGCCGAGGAAAUCAAUGGAUAUAGGAAUAAAUGCGAAUUUACGAUAGGUAAAAAUGAAGAUAACGAAAUUUUAAUUGGCUUUAGAAUGUCCAGUUACGCUGCUGGAUCAACAACUGUGGGACCAAUUGAUCACUUGUGCCACAUUCCUGAAAGAAUGAAAAUCGCUGUAAGAGUAUUUCAAAAAUUUGUUCGAGAAUCUCAGCUCGAUGUCUAUGAUCCAGUGAACCACAAAGGAUUUUGGAGCCAGAUUACUGUUCGAGCUACUCGUCUAGGCCAUUUGAUGCUGAUUAUUGGAACUUAUCCCAAGAAUUUACCGGUUGAUAUUUCUUUUGACGAUUUGGUUGCCAAAAUAAUUAAUUUCUUUGAAGAAGGUGACGGGAAAGAAGCUCAGGUUACUUCGUUGUACAUCCAGAUGAUGGGCGGGUCAGAUUCUGACGGAGGAAAUCGUCCACAAGAGAGAAAUGGGCCGAUUAAACAUUUAAGCGGUUCAUUACAUAUUGAAGAGUUGUUGAUGGGUUUGAAAUUCCGAAUAUCACCCCAAGCGUUCUUCCAAAUAAAUUCUCAAGGUGCUGAAAUACUUUACCAAGCCGCUAUUGAUUUAGCGCAAUGUGAUAAAGAAAACACGUCUCUUCUGGACAUUUGCUGCGGAACUGGAACUAUAGGCCUUUGCUUUGCCAAACACUGCGCGGAAGUCUUGGGCAUUGAGAUAGUAGGCGACGCGAUUAAAGACGCCAAGGAAAAUGCAAAGCAAAAUAACAUCGACAAUUGCGAAUUUUUCGUCGGGAAAGCAGAGUCUCUUCUGAAAGCCGUCAUCCAAAGGACCAUCAAGGAAAAUAUUAUCGCUGUUGUCGAUCCUCCUAGGGCUGGACUCCAUCAUCAAGCUGUAUUGUCGCUCCGUAAAACUAAAAAAGUAUCGAAAAUUCUGUAUGUUUCGUGUGACCCUAAAGCAGCUAUGAGUAAUCUAGUUGAUCUGGCCCGUCCUGUUUCCAAACAGUACCUCGGUGAGCCUUUCGUACCAAUCAAAGCUAUACCUGUUGAUAUGUUCCCCAACACUAAACAUUGCGAGUUGAUUAUUUUAUUAGAGAGGCUCUCUUCCACAGCGUCUUAUUCCCCGGAUACGUUGAUUGCUUGCAAUUCGAGUCUUUACUUGUCUGCAAAGUUACUGGAGCUUGAACAGUUUACCAAAUCGGUUGAUAAACUGCGGCAAAAUAAAGACUAUGUCGAAGCGGCUAGAGUACUGCAAAAAAUAAUUGUUCUGCUGACGGACGAAGAGUCUCAUGAUGAUUUACAGAUGCUGAGCAUCUACUCGGCGAUCAAAGAGAAUUACCAGCUUACGUACAGAUCUCUCUUGUCGACCGUCCUAAAACUCUGGGAGGAACACGUUAUCUGGGCAGCAAGCGAUGAUGAUAAAAACUCCAAGACUAAUAAUAAUGAUACCAGUAGCGUGAGCCUGACGAUUGAUUGCGAUCCUGAUGAAAUAAAAAAUAUUAUACAAGCUCUACACUACUUGUCAGAACUUCCAUUGUGUCUCGAGCACUUUUCUACUAAAUUAAUGAAGUUAAUAAUCAAACCAAUAAUUAGCGCCGAGUGUUCGGUGUUUGUUCUCGAUGAGAAAGUCUUCAACGUCGUAACUUCUAAUGAGAAAAAAGAAUUACCGUCGUAUAAAUCCAUUUUACAUAAUUUAAAAAUGCUGUUUCAAUUUAUUUAUCAGCAUUUAAAUGUUAUUAUCGAUGACAAAAUGUUUAUAAGCCGCCUGAAUGAGCACUUGUGGACACAAUUGUCAGAAUAUUUGCUAAACAAUUGUAUAAAUGACAUUAUUCCCAGCUCAAGCGUUGAAUUGAAUAAUUUUAAGAGUAUUGAGGAUGACAUUCACGAAUUUGAACAAUACUUGGGAGAGAUAGGUUUUAUUACUCAAGAACAAUUAGUUAUUUCUAACUAUAUUAAAGAUGUAGAUAACUUGUAUAUUGCUAAAAUAUGCCAGGAAUUUUUAGUAAAAGCCAGUCAGCUUGUUAAAAAAAAUUUGCAUGAUUCUUUCAAGCAUGAUCACCAUGUUAACGAAAAAUUGGAAAGAGAGUCUGAUGAAAUAGUUAAUUGUACGCUUAUAAAUGCACAAACUGAACGUCAUUUAAACAAAAAUACAUUUAUUUUACCGGCUUGUCAAAUAAGUGCCAGUGCUAGAGAGCUAUUGCAACUUGUACAUGAUAUUCUUAAUGAGGCGGUACUUAAUUCAGAAAAUUCAACUGCUGCUUCUGCUAAAUUAUACUACACUAGUCGCAAUGUUAUUGAGCAUUAUGUUUGGACAGUACCUGAGUAUCAUAAAAAAUUUUUAGAAACUAUUCCUCAACAAGUUGCAUUAUUUCAUAACAACUGCAUGUACCUGGCUCAUAAUUUGAUGACACUUGGCCAUGAGUAUAAAGCAAAAUUACCAAAAUUAAAAAAUCACAACAUUACAUACGUUGAUUUAACAUUAAAACUACGAAAUAUCGGCUCUCAAACUUUCCUCAAUCACGUUAAGUAUCAACGUGGUAUAAUAACGGAUAUUAUUAAAGAUUCAGGAUUAUCUCAAUUGGCUCAAAAUCAAUUGCCUUCGUCAUCGGGAGUUGAGCGUGCAUUGAGACAGUGCAUCCGACAAUUGGAGUUGUUAAAAACGGUUUGGUUUAAUGUACUGCCAAUAAACGUCUAUCACAAAACACUUGGCUGUAUAUUGAACUCAAUGAUAGAAGAUUUAAUUUGCAAAGUGACUAUACUGGAAGACAUAUCGGCCGACGCAGCUACGGAGCUUGUAAAUCUUUUUAACAUGCUUGUCAAGAGAGCUCCAUUAAUUUUUUCGGAAGAAAAUUCGGUCAAUCGCUAUGUUAAAAAGUGGCAAAAAAUGUUGGAAUUGAUAAAAGUACUUGAGGCUUCGCUGAAAGACAUUGAGAAACGCUGGGCAGACGGCAAAGGUCCUCUAGCACGCGAGUUUUCGGCGAGUCAAGUCAAACAGCUAGUUCGAGCACUUUUUCAAAAUACAGAAAGAAGAUCUGCGUUACUAGCUACUAUUAAAUGA